AUGAUAAAUAGAGCAGAAAAUUUCAUUUCUACACUUGAUGCUGGAUCAUAUGAAGGACAAUUUGUAAUUCGUUCAUCCCAAAAUUUAGAUGUUACUCAAGCUUUCAGCAAUCUUUCUGCUCGUUUCAUGGAGUCCUGCAAAACUUACCGUUCUGCUCGCGUUAAAAUAGUUGGUGCAUGCUGUCUCGGAUUUCUUGCUUCUCUUCUUUCACCUUUUGUUUCUUUCUUUGGAAUUUACUUAUUAUUCAAGAAAUUUUAA